CUGCUGCCGAACGUCCACAAUUUUAACCGUGAUGUUGCGACGGAAAAAACACGGUUCCGGCGCGCGUCGUAUUUCCAACAUUCUGGGGAGCGCCUGAAGGCGGCACGGGGCUCUCAUCCAGCGCAUCACGGUGACGUCCUGUGCGCAUCCAGUCCGUGGAUGUCCUUACAGCUGUUCCCGCAGGUCCGUGGACGCGAUCGCUGCUCCCCGUGAAAGGGCGUUUUUUAUUUUUGGGAAACCUGGAACGGCAUCAUGCAGAAGAGCGCAGUGGUCGUUGUGGCGGAUAAAACGAGUCUAAAGAGGCCGUUCAUUUUUGCGAACGCCGUUCAUAUGGCGCUGUGCUUCUUCAUGCUGAGGAUGACUGUGGUCUGGCACAGAGACCUCAUACAAACCGGAAAAAUGGUGUCCAGUGUUUCUGUGGUGAUGAUGUAUGUCAUAGAGGUGGGCUGCCUGCUGCUGUCAGUACUCGGAGUGUUUGGAGCCUGCAAAGGAAAGAGAUGGUGUCUGAUUUUGUACGCAGCCGGGAUGGCAGCAGCCAGUCAGACCAUCAUCAUUCGAACAGCACUGAGUUACCAAGAUGUUUACGAGAAACGAGUCGUCCGGGAGGAGUCCAAGCUGCUGGCCAUGAUGCCACUCAGUGGAACAAGCAAAGCCAACAGGACACUACUGUACAGCAUUCAAGAAGAAUUUGAAUGCUGCGGUCUUAUCGAAGGCUACAAAGACUGGGGCUCUUCCAUCCCUCCCUCCUGUAACUGUAAUUAUCCAGGAAAAUGUAUUCGCCUAAGGGGCAGUGCAACACUUGGGGCUCCGAAGAACCAGUAUGUUUAUCGAGAGCCUUGCCUGCCAAUUUAUGUUUCCGAGCUGAAGUUGGCGUUCUCCUUGGUGAUGGGGAUACAGUUUGGAAGUGGGGUGUUCUGGAUUGUUUUACUUGUCAUGAGUGUGAAGCUGAUGGGCCAGAUAAAAAGGAAACAGGAGUUCCUGGCUCUUCUCCAGUCAAACAGAUACGUUCCUGGUGCUUUCUAGGACAAAGUUACUAUUUCAGUUUUAAUAUACUCUUGAAAUUACUAUCAAGCAUACCUGGUUUGCACAUAAUGCUGUAUACUAUAACCUGACUAUUUUGUGCUGUAGCAAUACAUGUUAUGAUUUUCUUCAUGUUAAUGCAUGGAACUGGUGUUUUAGAGUAAUCUACAUGCAUAAAUCAAUGUCAAAUUAAUCUAUGGAGCCUUACUGCUGUAAAAAAAAAAGCAAUUUAGUUCAAUUUACCAGUAUUUAAAUAAUAAUAAUCACACUUUCACAUGCUUUUCUCACAUCUGAAAUUGUGCCCCUGGUAAAUUUUUGCCAAAUAGUUUGUUUUCUAUAAUCAAUUGGCAAUUUUGUCUAGGAUCUUUUUACUGGGGGCCAAGCAGGGAAUCUCUUUAACGUGUUUAUCUUCUUAUGUGAGUUUCCCUUUCUUAUCUGGGUUCAUGGUGUAUUACAGUCCCUACAGCUGUAUGCUAAAGCAUCUAAAGUAUAACUGUGCGUGUGAUGAUUUAAAUAUUCUCCUGAUAAUAAGCUAUUGAUGGAUUACUGUCCGAUUCCUUGCAUUCAGAUAUCUGUUUUGAUCAUUGUAGCUUCAAAAUGGAUUUCAGGAAAAAGUAUACAAGUCUUCACAGGUCCAUGUUCUUUCCCACUUCUGUCUUCACACAUUUGCACAGAUUAUGCUAAUAUGCUAAAACCAGGCUGACAAAUGUCAUGCCUCAAUAAGCAGUAAUAAAAUACCAAAUAAACAAAAAACUUACUAUCAACUUUGGUCAGUUAAAAGUGAAAAAAAAAAGCCCAAAAAGUGUCACUAAAAUAAAAACGCUUUUCCACUGGACCCUCACUCUAAUUUAAGAGAGCACAAUCACAUUCUGCAUCAUUUGACCUCAAGAGGAGACACUCCAUUUUACAAAAUAUGUUUAAUGCCUUUUAAUGUGUGUCUGAUGUUCAAAGCUAAGGCCAUCAGUUGUGCGAGCCUAAUUGAAAUAAUGGAUCUAAAGAUUGGCUUUGGACUAUUGAAAGUAUAUUAGUGGCUUCAUAACAAAUAGUAAGAUAUUAAUGUUGUGUUGAUGAUAUACUUAUUGGUAAUGGGAUAUGAUCUAAUCUUAUAAAACAUGAUGCAAUUUAAGUUCAUUUGAUUUUUUUAACCAGUUAUUAAUUGUUUUUAGUUAAAUUUUUCCCAAAUAACAGUUGUAAAAAUGUAAUUGAUAUAAGGAUAAAGCACAUAUUCAGUUACAAUUGACUGAAACCAACAAACAGGAAGUGCGGUCAGUAGUUACCAACAUCAUAAUUGUAGAGAACACAUUUUUCUUGUCACUGAUGAAUAUGUUGAACUCGUUCAGAUCCAGAAUCCUAAACAACUGCUUGGCCUCCUUCAUUGCUGCUCACUCUGCUGCGUAGAUUCAGCAUUUUCAUAUCUCUUUUCUUCAUUCAUUCUGUCACAUCUACACGAGUUACAUGGGUUGUGUUGAUCGUGAAAGCCGUCCACUUAUAGUGAAAUGACCAAAACAUAUGGACAUCCACUUAUACUUCUGGAUAUCUUGUACUGGUUCGGUUCGAGAUAUCCAGGUAAGUGAUUACAGAUGCCCAAAAAAAGAUCUUCUUCCAUGUGUCAGUCAUUGCUUGAGUGUCAAUGCAGCUAAAAAAGCACUAAUUAAAACCUAAUCAUCCUCAGAUAGUCGUUAAGGUCUCAAGAUUUUGUAUCGGAUAAAGAAUAAUGCUUUUUCUUCCCCCGCACAUGAUGUUUACACACAUCAAACCAAAGCCUUCUCACACUGACUGGUCAGUAUUACAACGACAAACCGAAUUCAUCGAACAGUGUUCUAACUUUUUUUUGUUUUUUGAGUUCAAGGGUUGUACAUAUGGUACCAGAAAUCUCAUAGCUGUGUCCAAGUUCGUCAGUUCAUAGGUUUUUAGCUGAACUUGACAUUUUGACUUGCGUUUGACCUUUGUCGUAAGCACAUGCUGAAUUUUCAGCAAUAGAGACACAACUGACCUUUGAAAAACAUUAACAUUUACGUUCACACCUUUCUUCAACAGUGUUUACAGAGUGCUUCUGUUGUACUAUAACCGUCUAUCAAGAAAUGUAUAUUCUGUGUUAUUAAUCAGGUUAGACAAAGGAAUGAGUCACACUCAUUGUGACGAGAGAAUGUCUUAAUUCCUUGUUAUGCACAUUGUAUAUUUCAAAAUGUCAUGCGCUCAGUUUUUUCUAAAAGCACAGUUAAGAAGUAAACAGUAUGCAUCGUUUCCCUGUGGAGAAAAAGGGAGUUGUUUCUGUUGCACAUCCAGUAGACAUGCAGUAACGAGCAUAAUUUAUUUUUGAUUUGACCAUUUGGAAAAAAAUGUUGGCAACUGCAAAGAGGUGGAGAGAGGCUCUGGUUGGAAAACGAAUCAUCGAUAUUCCUGCAGAGACUGUAAUGUUCCAGCUGAUGCCCCUCUCACCGAAGAAGCCUUUAUGCCACACCACUUCUAUUACGACUUGCUGCAUGAACUGCCUGCAGUUCAGAUCUCUCCUUGGCACAUAUACUGUCAAAUGAAUCUCAUCUGGAAAAGCAGAUCCAAUGUCUACUUGUGCACUUUAACCGUUUAUGCCUGAUAAACAGUAUGUUCUUGCAAAAUAUGGUGUUUUUAUUUCUGUCGCAUAUUGUUUUUUAAUUUUAUUUAUGGAGUGAUCUUCAUGUAAUAUUUUGUAAAUAGCAGGAAUAAAAAUGUGAUUAUUG